AUGCACGGCAAACGGGGCGACGCUCAGCGGCUGCCGUCGGCGGAGCGCCGGGCUGCCGGCAGCGGGAGGAGCCGGCCGCUGGCUGCCCCGGGUGCGGGCCGCCCCCAGGAUCUGUCCGGUGCUGAAAGCGGCCGCCGCCUCCCCACAUGGAUGCGCCUGUACUUCUACGGGAUGCACGGCAUCGCCCUGGACGUGGUGCUGUCCUCGGCGCGGCGCUUCGCCCGCACCGGCGAGCCGAAGAUGCUGGGCUUCUCCUCGCCGGUGCUGGGCGUGCUGCACUCACUCGCCCACUGGGCCCUGGAGCGGCUGUACCUGCAGCGGGGGCUGCUCGCCGGGCGCCCGCUGCUCUUCCACCUGCUGCUCUACCCCGCGGUGUACGUGAGCCUGCAGGCGGUGCUGGCGGUGCUGGCGGCCGGGGAGGAGCUGCUGCUGCCGCCGCCCCCCCAUCUCCUGCUCUUGCACUACCCGCUCGCCCUGUACCACUCGCAGCUCUUCCUCAAGCGCUUCCUGCGGCUGCAGUGCGAGCGCUCAGCCCCGGCCCCGGCCCCAGCCCCAGCCCCGGCCCCGGGCGGGCAGCUGCAGCCCACCGCCGCCCAGCGCCUGCCCGGAGCCCUGCGCUUCGUCUUCUACGGCAUGCACGGCUUCCUGGACGAGAUCGUCUUCACUUCCGUCUUCAACCUGGUGGAGGCGGCGGACGGCCGGCUGCUGGGCCACACCUCGCUCUGGUCCUUCCUCAUGUACGGCAGCUGCAGCUUCGCGGUGGAGAAGCUCUACCUGCAGCUGCACUACCGCUGGGGCUGGAGCACCUGGCAGAGGCUGCCCGUCUACAUCCUCUGCAUCUACACCUGGGAGCUCACCUGGGGACUCGGGCUCCGCCUGUACAACGCCUGCUCCUGGGAUUACUCUCACUACCCGCUCAACUUCAUGGGUCUCAUCACAUUGAUGUACUUGCCCGGCUGGUUGCUGCUCAGCUAUUACCAGGAUGUGCUGUCCAAUGUCUUACUACGAGUCCACUACACCACGACCAAAGACUCCAAGACUGCUUGUGCUAACGGGAAAAACAGAACAACUUAACUAGAGCACCAAGCUUCUCUUUUUAAUAUACCUGAAACUAGGAGAUUUCAAUUUACCAUGGAGAGACUUUUUUA